UCGCCUCUGCAAGCCCAUCACCAGCCAGCCUUUGGCCCACCCGCGCCUCUGCCCCCGAUGGAGGGCUCCAAACAGCUGGAGAGCAGCCUCCUGACACAGCCAUGGGCUUCUGUUUGCCUCGGUGAGUCCACUUUUCUUGCCAAAGUGUGCUUCAGGGAUACUGGCUACAUCCUGCUCAUCUCUGACCUCAGCAGCGUCUGGUACGAGAGUGCAGAUGCCGAGGCUGUGGGACAAAGGUCCAAGGAGCUGAACAAGCGGCUGACAGUCCAGGUGUCCUCCUUCCUGCACCACUUGUGCAAACUGAUGGGCCCCUUGCUGGCAGGGCAGCCGGAUGCCAUCACCUCUUUCUCCUGCCACCACACUGCCAGCGGGCUCAGACUGCACGUAAAAAGCGAGCUCUCCGGACUGCCCUUCUACUGGGACUUCCACUGCUGCCCUGCUCCUGUGGAGAUGGUGUCCCGCCACCUUGUCAGGCCCUUGAUUCAGAUGAGCCUGGUGCUGCAGUCCCAGGUGCAAAAGCUGGCCUCACUGCUGCUUCAGAAGGAUGCUGAGAUCGAAGACUACAGGGAGAGCGGGGCCACUCUCAGCAGAGAUCGCCUGCGGACAGAGCCCUUCCAGGAGGAGACCUUUCAGCAGCACUUAAUGGUUAAGAGCCUGCCCCAGAUCUGCAGUGGGGGAGAAGGGCAAGCGUUCACCUCCACUCUGCAGCAGCUCUACAUGGCAGUGACACAGCAGGAGGCCAGGCAGGGUCAGAAACGGCAGCACUCAGAGGAUGCUGAGGACCAGAUACCUCCUGCAGAAACCACAGGGCAUCCUGAUCCACCACCUCCAUCCCAGGAAGAUGAAACAGCAUCUUCCAGUGAGGGAAUCACACCGACCUCCUCCCCAGCUCAGAAGCCCCGGCUGCCUGCAGCCAAGACCAAGCCAAAGAAGGCGAAAGGGCUCUUCAGCUGAAGCAUUGCUGCCACCCAGCCUGAGGGUCUCUGCUCCCCUCAGCAUCCGAGAGAGGCAGUGCAGAGCACCCAUGGGUCCUCUGCAUCUCCUGCAUCACCUGGCAGACCCUGCCCAGCUCACAGUUCCCUCCCGAGGGGUUUCCAGCCAGGGAGAUGUGGCGUUGCCUUUCUUCAUCCAUGUCUCAGGAGCCUCUUUUCUACCUCUCUCCUGGUGCAGAGCUUGCUCAGGCUGCCUCGUGGUGGAGCCAGGACUGGAGCAGGGGGCAGUGGCAGGCAUGCUGCUGGGUGGUUGCGGGACAGCUGUGCCCUGGCAGGGCUGUGGGGUUCAGCUGCCGUGUUGGUUUGCAAUAAA